AGACGUUUCCAAACACAUUAUGGGCAAGUAUGCUGCUACGAUGAAGAAGGCAAACUAAUGCAAACAACUUAUCAGCCGGUAAUAAAAGUUAUUGAAGAAACACCGUAUAAUCCUGGUUAUCCGUUGAGGGCUUAUGAAUUUGGCACCGAUCCAUACAUCGGACAGUUUGAAGUGCCAGGCUUAUCGGUAUUCUACCACGACUAUAUGCCAUAUUUUUUGUGUUGCAAAUAUGCGAAAUUUCGUUGCCAAUUAUUCUACUGGAGGCGCCCAAGCAGUGGAUGUCAGCAGUAUCAACCACCAGCCGUUGGUUCGUAA